ACAGAGAGAAGGAACAGUGGAGAGGAGGGGGAGAGAAACAGGGAGAGGAGGAGUGACAGACUGUGGAGGAAAGGAGGAGGAGGAACAACCGUGGUGAACUGAGGAAAGGAAGAACGGCAACAACAAACAGAGGGAGGACUUACUACAGGAGGAGAAAGUGAGAAAGGAAGAAGGAGAGAGAGCAAAGUAGAAAAGGAGAGGUUUUUGAGGGAAGAAUGAAGGCGCUUCAGAAGAACCAGGGGCGGACAGACCAGAUGCUGGGUGCUAUGGCUGACAUGCUGACUUCCUUGGCAUUGCCCAAUCAACAGUGGCCCGCAGAGAACAAUGACGCAGCAACAGAGCCCCCGGUGAGCCAGGAGGAGAAGAAGGGGGCAGGAGGCCCACGACACUUGGACCCAGCUGGGCUAGAGGACUGGGAGCAGGGGUCCCCCACACAAGACCACCUGGAGAGGAGAGGAGGAAGAGACAGACCAGACUCAUACUCAGCGGCGGGCAGCGAGGGUAGCAUCUCCACCUCCGUGGCGUCCCUGCCCCCGACCCUGACGGCGUCCAUUAGCUCCGCCCCCAACUCCCCGGGCUCGCGGCGUUCCGUCAGCACCCUGAAGAGGUGGCUGACCAAUCCCGUCCGCAAGCUGAGUGCCGGGGCCGUCAACAUCUCCACCAGCGCCAAGGGGGAGCGGCAGGACAGGAAGUUGGAUGGGGGAAGCAAGCCCCCUCCUCCUAUUCCACCCCCACGCCACAGUCAUGGCCUGGGCCUGGGCCUGGGAGGGCUGGGGCUGGCCAGCCCCCUGGGAUCAGAGGACCACCUCACCACUGUACUACCCAUCACACACACAGAGAUGGAGUGCAGGUAUAAUUUGGCCAGUCCUGAGGAUCUCUCCCCGGCAACCCUAAACUCUCCCAGCUACCUGUCUGACUCGCUACAAGGCUGUACUUCACUGGCCUACACACAUGAUACUCACCCCACCAAUGUCUAUCCAGAUGACAACGGCUCAGUGUUGACGGACGACACCUCCAGCCAAUCAUCAGCCGCAGCUGACAAUGAGGAGAGGAGGAGUGCCUUAGAGAAGAGCAUGUACGUACUGAAGGAACUCAUAGAGACAGAGAAACUGUAUGUGGAAGACCUGAGGUACAUAGUAGAGGGCUACAUGGCCACUAUGAAUACCAAGGGCAUACCUGAGGACAUGAAGGGGAAAGACAAGAUUAUAUUUGGAAACAUUCACCAAAUGUUCGACUGGCAUAAAGACUACUUCCUGGGGGAACUGGAGAAGUGUAUAGCAGAACCAGAGAGACUGGCUCAACUUUUCAUAAAGCAUGAGAGGCGUCUCCAUAUGUAUGUGGUGUAUUGUCAGAACAAACCCAAGUCAGAGCACAUCGUCUCCGAGUACAUCGAGACUUACUUUGAGGAGCUGAGGCAACAUCUGGGUCACAGGCUACAGCUGAACGACCUGCUGAUCAAACCAGUCCAGAGGAUCAUGAAGUACCAGCUGCUGCUCAAGGACUUCCUCAAGUAUUACACCAAAGCUGGGAUGGACACAGAAGAGCUCGAGAAAGCGGUAGAGGUGAUGUGCUUUGUGCCUAAACGCUGUAACGACAUGAUGAACGUGGGACGACUGCAGGGCUUCGAGGGUAAGAUCACGGCGCAGGGGAAGCUGCUCCAGCAAGACACUUUCACAGUGGCGGAACAGGACAGCAGCUUCCUGUCCAGAGCCAAGGAGAGGCGGGUCUUCCUGUUUGAACAGCUGGUCAUCUUCAGCGAGCCAAUCGACAGGAAGAAAGGAUUCUCACUUCCUGGUUACACCUUCAAGAGCAGCAUCAAGGUGAGCUGUCUGGGGGUUGAGGCUCCGGUGGAGGGGGAGGCGGGCCGAUUGGUGCUGACCUCACGGGGGGCUGACGGGACUGUUGUGAGAUACGUGCUGCAGGCUGCCUCGCCAGAGGUCUGCAGGGCCUGGGUCAACGAUGUGGGACAGAUCCUGGAGAACCAGAGGAACUUCCUCAACGCCCUCCAGUCUCCCAUUGAGUACCAGCGCAGAGAGGGAACCAACAAGUCUAACAGCCUGGGCCGGAGCAUGAGAGCCCCCCUGUCUUCGGCCAGCAGUCCCCUGCGCCCCCACUCCUCAGCCUCCAUCGACCGGCAGCGCCUGCCCUGGCUCCGGUCCUACAACACCUCCCUCCCCACCCUCUACCUGCCCAGCCAGGGGGGUCAGGGAACGGGCCUCCAGGGCCCCGCUGAGACACACACUCCCCGGGAGUCUCCUCUGGUCAGUAGGAACUCGCAGACAACAGUCUCGCCAUCUCACGUCCAGCUGGCUUUCACUGACCCGUCUGGUCUGUCUCACUACUCUCAGACCCAGACCUCCCUGCAGUGCCAAGCGGGGUCCAGCGGGCUGCGUAGCACACAGCAGAGCGCAGGAGAGGGCUGCAGUACCAGGGGCCUGCCUGGUGAGGCUGUACCUCCUCCUGGAUCUGUCUCUGGUCCAUUGGCCGGCAAGCGCUCCAGCAACCUGGCCCAGCUCAAUGAAGAUGACCUAUGAACCCUGACCCCUAGGAGGAAGGAGGUUCACGGACCACCACAGCUACAGAGAGAAAGGAGGAGAGCCUCCUCUAGGCUUCCCAUAUGUUGAUGCUAUCGUUAACUUAAGGGUCCUUUUGAAGGUGGAUGGGGUGCUUCUGUAAGGAGCAAGGACUGGAUGGAGACUGCUCUUCUGGACUGUUGCUACUGCUUUUUCAGACUGUUACCCGGCGGUUCACCGACAGUCUGAGAGACAUAAACCAUGUUCCUAACGGAAUAUACAGUAUACGCCUUUCAUCUGAUUUUUUCUGAGCGAUGUGAUUUGAGUUUGAAGACGUGCCUCUGCGUGGCACCACUAAUGGGUGGCACCCAGCUAGAUGUUGCAAUGGCUGAGGUUACGAAGGACACUCAAUGGACAUUAGGUAUUAUGAGGACUUUGCUUGUUUCAUUAUGAGGACUUUGCUUGUUUUAUUAUGAGGACUUUGCUUGUUUUAUUAUGAGGACUUUGCUUGUUUUAUUAUGAGGACUUUGCUUGUUUUAUUAUGAGGACUUUGCUUGUUUUAUUAUGAGGACUUUGCUUGUUUUAUUAUGAGGACUUUGCUUGUUUUAUUAUGAGGACUUUGCUUGUUUCCUUUUCCAUUUUGGAGAAUUUCUAUACAGUAUAUAUUGUGCUGUCUGUCAGGGGGCUGUGGGAUUUGUUCAAAGGAAGAAAAAAAAUGUCCAUUCCUGAUUGGGGAGGUCACUGGAGAAGUGUCUGUGUGUGAGUGCGCACGCUGCAGGCAUGUGUGUGUGCGUAUGUGCGUACAUGCGUCUGUGUGUGCAUGUGUGGGUGAAAUGCGUCUGUGUGUGUGUGUGUGUGUGUGUGUGUAAAUAUGUGCGUAAAUUGUGUGUGUUUUUGUGUGUGUGUGUGUGUACAGGAUUGGCGGCUUCUCUUCUUGUAAACAAACAUGGAUCUGAGGAGCUCUACUUUUCAUUCGACUUUCUUUCUACUUUUCUCUCACACUGCUGGAUUCUUCCGACAACUACUUCUAUUCUCAGGCUGUUUAAAACAUGAAGUCAUUCCUCCACUGAGCGUAUACAGUGCGUGACUCUCUGUAGACACUGAGGAGAGAGGACGGGAUAACAGCAAAUGCAUUUGAUCUGUAUAUAUGUGGAACAUUGGAUUCAUCUCUCAUGGAACAGAAUGGUUCUUACCGCAGAGAGUGUUUCCGGUGGAUGAGAACGAGAGAACUCUCCCAUGUUCUCUUAUUCCGUUUGACCCGAAGUGGUCUCUUGUUUGAUCUGGAGAUUCCAGACUAAAAAGGAGUGAGGGAGCCGCCUGGAGACACUCUACAGGCAUGACGUCACUCUACUGUCACUUCAGACUUAAUGGUCUUUCCUUUGAUUCCUUCUCUGCUCCCACCCUUUCUCUGUCUCUUUCUCUAAAAGUCAGAGGGAAGUGAGGACAUGAUUACGUUGGGAGAGAAGAGACGGGGAGAGGAUGGGUGGAGAGGACACAAGGAAUCGAGGAAAAACUCAUUAAGAUGUGGCGAGAGUGGUGGCCAUGCCAUAGCCAGCCUGACGAGAACGCUAGGGGACGGAGACCGGCUGGUAUUUCAAACAUAUGUUUUCUUGACGACAGGAGACAUGAAGGGGUGGUAUUGAAAUGUGGUAUGGUGUCACACAGUCUGUCACUGAAGUCCAAUGGCGAUGUGCCACAGCCUUCUACUGUAUCCAAUGAUCUCUGCUGGCUCUCGCUACUCCAGCACGUUAGUACACGCCAUACACCUGGCUCAGGCUUACAUCUCUGGUUCUUAGGUAAAGGACAGCAGUUUAGAGACAGUUAACUACUUGGGUUGUUGUAUCAGUUGACACUGUGGAUAUCAAGUGCUUCAUCUGCAUGCUCUGUGCUCAUCAAAGUGAGACUUUUGCCAAAGGCGGGUUAUUUUAGUACUUCAUGUACUUCGGUUCAUACUGCUACUCUAAUAUAUUGCCAACUGUUGUUUUGUUUUUUUUACACAUCAAAAAUCAAAUACAUGUAGUUGUGAUUUGUUUACUUCAUCUUUCAUCUUCUGAAUAGAACAACAACAACAAAAACGACUGUAAAACGAGAAGAGAUAGAAGAGAUGAUUUCAGCUCUUGGUGAAUUCUUCUCUGUUACCAGUAGAGGUCAGUGUAAGGCUUUCAAAUACAGAUGGCAGUCAUUGGAGAUUAGACAGCUGCAUCAACGAUCAAUGUCUUCAAGUUACAAUGCCCCCCCUCGAGCUAAAUCUGUUUAAAAUAUCUCAAUUUACAGUGACUGUUUAAAUUCAGAACAUAACAAGUUUGGUCCCGAAAACUCCAUCUCAACUCCCCAGUGCUCGUGGACUAAGGGGUGCUGUUUGUAAAUUGGACGUCCUAGUGACGAUUAUUGCUCUGGCAUUUUGUGCAUGUUACUUAAAUAUGAAGGAAUACCCCUACAGAAAUGAAGAUAACUAAAGAAAAAGAGCAGGAUAAGGGCUAUAAUGAUGCCAUGUUUGACUGAAUAGAAUCGGUUGUAUUAUAUCAAAUAAAAAGUCUUUGAAU